GCCAAGUCGGAGGCCUGGAAGCUGGGCGCCCGCGCCAAGUCUUCGGCAAAGCCUACAUCAGGGCCCGCCGCUGCGGCCUCGGCGGCCGGUGCUGGGAAGCCGAAGGUGCUGAUAGCGCCGAGCAAGAUUUCGGCAGGGGCGGCACCGCCGCCCAAAGCUCCGGCAAAGGCAACGCCGCCCAAGGCACCGCCGCCCACAAAGGCAGCAAGGCCGAGUGUGUCUCAUGGAUCUACUGCGGGAUGCUUGGCUGGCAGACGGAGCCGAGGACUCGAAGCCGCCCUGCAGUCAUCGAUAGGACGAGGCACGAAGCGGGUUGCGCCCGAGGGCGAUGACUUUGCAGCAAUGGCCGCGGCUGUCAAGCAUCACAAGAGUGCGACGCCAAAGGUCAAAGCCCUUGCGGAGGUCGUCUGCCCAGACUACGAUGAGCGAGACCCUUAUCGCCUUGCACAAGGCAUCCGUGCCUGGGCCACGCAGGGCGACAAGGCAGUCCCGGCGCCCUGGGCCACCUUCCCGGACGCGCGGAUGCCUGCAGAGCUGAGCCGCGCCUUCUACGGAUUCGGUUUUACUGCGCCCACGCCGAUCCAGGCUCAGGUCUGGCCGGUGGCCUGCCAGGGCUUAGAUGUGAUCGGCAUCGCACGGACGGGGUCCGGCAAGACCCUCGCAUACCUGUACCCGGCCUAUCUGUGGAUGGGAUCUCACCGCGGCUCCGGGGUGCGGUCACUGAUCCUGGCACCAACGCGUGAGCUGGCCACGCAGAUCCACGAAGAGGCUGCCAAGUUUGCAGCAGCAGCGAAGUUCACUAGCGCUUGCGUCUAUGGUGGUGUGCCCAAGAAGGAGCAGCUGCCACUUGUUCGCGCCGGGGCACCAAUUCUGGUGGCGACCCCCGGGCGUCUGAAUGACUUCCUGGAGUCCCGGCAGAUCUCUCUCCAAAGUGUGGGCUACCUCGUUUUCGAUGAAGCGGACAGGAUGCUAGAUAUGGGCUUCGAGCCGCAAAUUCGUGAUAUCGUAAAGCAGCUCCCUCGCCGACGUCAAACGCUGAUGUUCAGUGCCACGUGGCCAGAGGAGGUCCAGGCUUUGGCCCACGACUUUCUGCAGGAGCCCAUCCAUAUCCAAGUCGGCGACCCAACAGCCUUACAGGCCAACGAAGACAUCAGCCAGCAGGUCGUAGUCCUGACCCCCGACCAAAAGGACGAGAUGCUACUCAAGGCCGUUCGCAGCACCCGGUCCCAAGAACGGGUCCUGGUCUUUGUAGCUAUGAAGAAAAACUGCGACCUGGUGGCACGCACAUUGCGAAAGAAUGGGGUCGUUGCCAACGCCAUGCACAGCGACAAAGAUCAGCAGGAGCGCGAGGAGGCUUUGCAGCAGCUUCGCAGCGGUGCGGCCCGGGUGCUCGUGGCCACCGACGUGGCGGCCAGGGGUCUGGAUGUUAAGGGCAUCGCGCUGGUCGUGAACUACGACCCAGCAAACAGCACGGAGGAUCAUGUUCAUCGGAUUGGCCGCACUGGCCGUGCCGGGCAGAAGGGGCGCAGCAUGACCUUCCUCACACGCUCCGGUGAGGAUGCCUACAAGGCCGUGGGCAUCGCCGAGGUCAUGGAGAAGGCCGGCUGCCCAGUGCCUGCCGAGAUGCAGCAGCUGGUGGAUCGCGUUCGCCAGCGCCAGGCGCAAGCACGCCAGAGCGACCAGCGCUGGGAGGACUUGCCAAAGGUGCUGAUGGUCGCGGAGAAGCCCUCUGUGGCCAAACUGGUUGCCGAGAGCCUCUCCAAUGGCCGCCUUCGCUUCCGCAAAGGACAGAGCCGAGCGGUCCAAAUCUUCGAGUUUGUGACUUGGUUCCCGCCGGCACAACAGAAGUGCCGCAUCCUCCAGACCUCUACCAUCGGGCAUAUCUUCGGGCUCGACUUCGAGGACGGAAGGCCCCCUGAUCUGGCGGACCUCUUCUAUGCCAACGUCAAGAAGACGGUGGAGGGGGCGGUAGCCAAGAAUCGGAUCGUUGAACACAUCCAAGAGCUUGCCAGUGAAGCCGAAUACCUGGCGCUCUGGCUGGACUGUGACCGGGAGGGCGAGAACAUUUGCUACGAGGUGACAUCGCUCUGCAGCACCAUCCCGGAGGAGAUGCUUCUGUGGUUGCACAGUGUUGGUUUGGAGAACGUCUACCGUGCACAUUUCUCGGCGCUGACGCAGCCGGAGAUCAAGACUGCUUUCAAGACGCUGGGACGCCCGGACAAGCAGCUGGCUAUGGCCGUGGAUGCACGCCAGGAGCUCGACUUGAAGAUUGGGGUGACGUUCACGCGGCUUAUGACCCGCACGUUUUUGAACUACGCCAAGGAGAAGUUCCGAGUCUGGGACCAGACCUGCCUGAGCUACGGCCCCUGCCAGACUCCCACACUUUGGUUCUGCGUGGAGAGGCACAAGGAGAUCGAGCAGUUCCAGCGCCAGGACAUUUUCACACCCACGGUGACUGUCAACAUUGAAGACUACCCUGUCGAGCUCAGCUGGGAAGAGGGCUCUACGCUGGAUGCCGGACGGUCCCAAAAGCUAGAAAGGUCAUUGCAGGCGAGGCCACAUGCUUCGCUCAUUGAAGUGACAUCAACCAGGAAACGUGCGCGGCGGCCGGUGGGGCUCAACACAGUCCAGCUGCUGAAGGCAGCUUCCACUGGGCUUGGCAUGUCCCCGGCGCAGUGCAUGAAGGUCGCCGAGGGCCUUUAUUCUUCUGGCUACAUCUCAUAUCCACGCACGGAAACCACGAAGUACUCGGACACAUUCGACCUCGUGGGUGCGCUUCGAGAGCAGGCCAACCACCCGUCGUGGGGAAAGACAGUGAGCUACCUCCUUCGGCAAGGGUCAAUCCGCUCCCCAGUCUCCGGUACAGACAAAGGCGGCGACCAUCCCCCUAUUACACCGAUGCGGGCAGCACCAAAGGACGAGUUCAGCAAAGGCAAGGAGUGGCGCUUGUACGACUACGUCACACGACAUUUCAUCGCAUCGCUGAUGGAUGAUGCCGAGUAUGACGAGAUACGGUACAUUUUCGACGUGUCUGGUGAACGGUUCGUGUUCACUUGCCACGAGGUGGCAGAGCGUGGUUUUCUGUAUGCGAUGCCGUGGAAGGUGAACGAUCUGAAGCUCGAGGAAAUUGACUGGCAAAUGCCGGACAUGGCAGAAGGGGACCAGCUGCCUGUGGACGAGGUUGCAGUAACUCGUGACACGACGAGAGAGAGCGAACUCGUCGCCCUGAUGGACAAGAAUGGCAUCGGCACCGAUGCCUCUAUUCCGCAGCACAUGCAGUCCCUCGACAUUGAAGGUCUUCGGAGGAAUGUUGUGGACCGGCACUACGUCAUGAUCUGUGGCCCUGGGGCGGACGGCCAGCGAGGCGAAGUCAUCUCCAAAGGGGGCAAAGGGAAAGGCCGGAAAGGCAAAGGGAAAGGUGCUAAAGGUGAAGAUGGACGGCCUGCCUCGAGGCACAUGGUGCCCACGCCAAUGGGGCUGAGCUUGCUGGCCGCCUUCGAAGAACUGGAUGCGCAGCUUUGCCGCCCUCCUAUCAGGGCCUUCAUGGAAAAGCAGGUGGCGCAGAUUGCAGAAGGCUUGCUGGACAAGCCGGACGUCACAGCGCAGAACUUGGACCUGUUCCACUCCAAGUUCUUGAGGUUCCGAGACAACAUCAGUUCCCUGGACCGGUUUUUCAUGCGGAAAGACCAGAUGGCGCAGUCUUGGUCAGGAGCUGGCCAUAAACGUCAAGGUCUCUCGGCCUGA